GGGGUUUGCAUUUAUUCCCCGGUUUCUCAUGCCCUGUUGAAAUGGUUUUUUUUUCACUGACCCGGACCGCAUUGACAGUGACACCGGCUCUGCGCUCUGAUUGGGCGGCGUGCUCCCCGGAGGUUAGUGUGCGCCCCGGCCGGCGGUGUCGUUUUGCAGACAGCUCUGGUUAUCAAAAACUAAUUAAUAUCUCAUUAACAAUGCAUUACAUUUAAAAAAAAAUAAUAACUGCGCCGGGUAUUUAAUUACAAUACACGGGAAAGCCAGCGAGAAACGAGAGCUGAGCGGCCCCAAUACAAAGAUUGGGUUGCAAUUCCUGGUUCUCCCAGCGUUUCUGCGAUGCCCCGUGGAUCGGACACGUCGUAGCCCCGGGCUCCCCCCAGCCAGCACCCCCCUCGCCGCGCUUGAUGCACCGAAUCGUCUGGCUGACCUGCAGGAGUCUCUCCCGACCGAGGAACCCCCGCGUCCUUCCCACCCGCGCCAUGGCCGACAGCAACUGCACCGACACCGGGGAGCCACGGGGAGGCGCUCUCACCGCCGGCAUCGUCAUCAUAGGCGAUGAGAUCCUGAAGGGCCACACCCAGGACACCAAUUCCCUGUUCAUGUGCCAGCGUCUGCGCUCGCUGGGGGUGUCCGUGCGCCAUGUGUCGGUCGUGCCAGACGAGGCCGGGCUCAUCGCGGAGGAGAUCGCCAGCCUGGCGCCGCGCUACACCUACCUGCUGACCGCCGGGGGCAUCGGCCCCACCCACGACGACGUCACCUUCGAGGGGGUGGCUCUGGCCUUCCGCGAGCCGCUGAGACCCAACCCCGAACUCGCCCGGCUGGUGGAGGCCCACUUCGGCACCUCGGACCCGGCCCGGCCCGAGAUGAAGCUGGCUCUGGUGCCCGAGUCGUCGGUGCUGAACUACGGGACGGACCGAAGGAGCGGGGAGCCCCUGAGGUACCCCCUGGUGAGCGUGCGCAACGUCUACCUGUUCCCGGGAAUCCCUGCCCUGCUGGAGGCGGCGCUGGACGGGCUGCAGCACCUGUUCGCCGACCCGCGCACCUCCUUCCACACGCGGCAGGUCUUCGUGGACGCGGACGAGUUCUCCAUCGCGCCCGCGCUCGGCCGGGCCGACGCCCUCUUCCGCCACCACGUCAGCCUGGGCUCCUACCCCGACUGGCUCAGCAACUACCACCGCGUGAAGCUCACCCUGGACUCGGACUCCCUGCCCAGGCUCGAGGAGGCUCUGCGCUACCUGCUGGAGAGCCUGCCCCCAGGCAGCGUGGUGCCCCUGGUGCAGGACCCCGUGGCGCGGGCGGCGAAGGAGGUGUACCACCUGGCACACGCUGGAUCUCCGCUCGGUCUGAAGGUGGCGUCAGCGCUGCGGACGAUUGAAGAGGCUCUGAACCAGUUCAGCGUGUCUGAGAUCUGCGUGGGGUUCAACGGGGGUAAAGACUGCACCGCCCUGCUGCACCUGUACCAUGCAGCCCUGCAGAGGAGGGCCCCGGAAGCGAAGGAGAAGCUGCAGGCUCUGUACAUCCGAACUGUCUCUCCCUUCCCAGAGAUGGAGCGCUUCAUACAGGACACCAUCAAGAGGUACGAUCUGCAGAUCUACACGGUGCAGGGCAGCAUUCGAGAAGCGCUCGGAGACUUGCAAUCCCAGCAUCCUCAGCUGCAGGCCGUGCUCAUGGGGACGCGGAACACCGACCCCUCCUCGCGACCUCUGACCCCGCUGUGCCCGACUGACCCCGGCUGGCCAAAGUACAUGAGAGUCAACCCACUGCUGGACUGGUCCUAUCAUGAUAUCUGGGAGUUCCUGCGGACGCUCUACGUCCCGUACUGUAUCCUGUACGACAAGAGCUACACCUCGCUGGGCAGCACAGACAACACCUCCAAGAAUCCUGCGCUGCGAUUUGUUGACGAGAGGGGCGUGGUCAAGUACAGACCCGCCUACAAGCUGGAGAACGAGGAAGACGAGCGCAACUCCAGGAAGUGACGUCACCCCACUUCCUCCCUCCCCUCCCCUCCCCUC